AUGCCCACGGAGCCGGCGGCGGCCUGCCGACCACGGACCUUGAUCUCACUGUGGUUCCCCGACACCAGGAAACGAGGACGGGGCCCCAGCCGAGAAGUCCGAGUGCCCUCUGACCUUCACCAGUCAGAACAGAGGCGCUUCCCUGAGGGCUCGUGGGUAAUGAAUCCGCCUGCACUGCAGGAGACUCGGGUUCGACCCCUGGGUCGGGAAGAUCCCCAGGAGGAGGAAAUGGCAACCCCACUCCAGUGUUCUUGCCUGGAGAAGUCCAUGGACAAGAGGAGCCUGGCGGGCUGCCAUCCAUGGGGUUGCACAAGAGUCUGA